AUGAGGACGGAUGGGAAAGACGGCAAGGAGGGGAAGGACGGCGAGCAUGGCGAACACUCAAGAACGCAUUCGAUGAAGAAGAAGAUGGGAUCGGUGCUGGGAUGGGCGGCCAGGAUUCUCCCACAGUCCACCAGCGGCGGCAAGGGGCUCGGCGCGGAGCGGCGGAGCGAGAGCGAGGUGGAGCGGCGCGUGGUGGAGGCGCUGCGGCGGCGGAGAGAGGAGGAGGAAGCUUCCGGGAAGAAGCGCAUCGUGCAUUUCAACACGCUGGUGAUGAAAUUCGCCAAGUCGGACGAGGCGUUCAAGCAGAUUCGCAAGCAGUUCGACCAGUACGACAAGGACGCGAGCCAAUCAAUUGACCUGGAGGAGCUAAGAACAUGUUUAUCAGCUCUGGGCGUGCGGAUAGAGGAGGAGGAGGUGAUGCAGCUGUACCGCGAGGCGGACAUGGACUGCUGCGACGGCAUGCACUUCAAAGAGUUCAUCCUGCUGCUUGCGCUGCUCUACCUGCUGCAACCCAACGCGCACUUUGGCACACCAGAGGUGGAGGACGCGUUUGGGCUGAUAGCGGACGCGUUCAACUUCUUUGACACUACGGGGGAGGGCUUUCUCACGCGGGCUAAGGUGCAGGCCGCCAUGACCACUGGCAGAGACUCCUCCCCCAGCCGCAUUGCUGGGCAGAGAUUUGCGGAGAUGGAUUACAACACGGACGGGCAGUGCACGUUCAAGGAGUUCCUUUUCGCGUAUGUGGGAUGGGUGGGCACCGCAGAGGAGGAUGAGGAGGAGGAGGAGGAGGAGGAGGAGGAGGAGGAGGAGGAGAAGGAGGAGCGGAGCAAAACCCCUAAAACUCCCAAAACCCCCAAGUCUCCCAGCAAGUCGCCUAAGUCUCCCAAGUCGCCCCGCACUCCCAGGCAUUCGGGGGGGCAUAGAUGA